AUGAUUGAUUACUUUCUGCAUGACAACUUUCUGUCCUCAUUCUCAGGUUUUUGCUUUGGGCUCAGAGGACUCUCUCCUCAUUCCUUGUCUCCUCGUUCCUUGUCCACUCUCUCUUCCCUUAUCCUUCCUUGUCUCCUCAUUCCUUGUCCACUCUCUCCUCAUUCCUUGUCUCCUCGUUCCUUGUCCACUCUCUUCCCUUAUCCUUCCUUGUCUCCUCAAUCCUUGUCCACUCUCUCUUCCCUUUUCCUUCCUUGUCCACUCUCUCCUCCCUUAUCUUUCCUUGUCUCCUCAUUCCUUGUCCACUCUCUCUUCCCUUGUCCUUCCUUGUCUCCUCCUUCCUUGUUUACUCAUUCCUUGUCCACUCCCUCUUUCUUUCUCUUUCCAUGUCCACUCUUUCCUUGUCUCCUCCUUCCUUGUCUCCUCAUUCCUUGUCCACUCUCUUCCCUUAUCCUUCCUUGUCUCCUCAUUCCUUGUCCACUCUCUUCCCUUAUCCUUCCUUGUCUCCUCAUUCCUUGUCCACUCUCUUCCCUUAUCCUUCCUUGUCUCCUCAAUCCUUGUCCACUCUCUCUUCCCUUUUCCUUCCUUGUCCACUCUCUCCUCCCUUAUCUUUCCUUGUCUCCUCAUUCCUUGUCCACUCUCUCUUCCCUUGUCCUUCCUUGUCUCCUCCUUCCUUGUUUACUCAUUCCUUGUCCACUCCCUCUUUCUUUCUCUUUCCAUGUCCACUCUUUCCUUGUCUCCUCCUUCCUUGUCUCCUCAUUCCUUGUCCACUCUCUUCCCUUAUCCUUCCUUGUCUCCUCAUUCCUUGUCCACUCUCUUCCCUUAUCCUUCCUUGUCUCCUCAUUCCUUGUCCACUCUCUUCCCUUAUCCUUCCUUGUCUCCUCAAUCCUUGUCCACUCUCUCUUCCCUUUUCCUUACUUGUCUCCUCAUUCCUUGUCCACUCUCUUCCCUUAUCCUUCCUUGUCUCCUCGUUCCUUGUCCACUCUCUCUUCCCUUAUCCUUCCUUGUCUCCUCAUUCCUUGUCCACUCUCUUCCCUUAUCCUUCCUUGUCUCCUCAAUCCUUGUCCACUCUCUCUUCUCUUUUCCUUACUUGUCUCCUCAAUCCUUGUCCACUCUCUCCUCCCUUAUCCUUCCUUGUCUCCUCAUUCCUUGUCCACUCUCUCUUCCCUUGUCCUUCCUUGUCUCCUCCUUCCUUGUUUACUCAUUCCUUGUCCACUCCCUCUUUCUUUCUCUUUCCAUGUCCACUCUUUCCUUGUCUCCUCCUUCCUUGUCUCCUCAUUCCUUGUCCACUCUCUUCCCUUAUCCUUCCUUGUCUCCUCAAUCCUUGUCCACUCUCUCUUCCCCUUUCCUUCCUUGUCUCCUCAUUCCUUGUCCACUCUCUCUUCCCUUGUCCUUCCUUGUCUCCUCUUUCCUUGUUUACUCAUUCCUUGUCCACUCCCUCUUUCUUUCUCCUUCCUUGUCCACUCUUUCCUUGUCUCCUCCUUCCUUGUUUACUCAUUCCUUGUCCACUCCCUCUUUCUUUCUCCUUCCUUGUCCACUCUUUCCUUGUCUCCUCCUUCGUUGUUUACUCAUUCCUUGUCCACUCCCUCUUUCUUUCUCCUUCCUUGUCCACUCUUUCCUUGUCUCCUCCUUCCUUGUUUACUCAUUCCUUGUCCACUCCCUCUUUCUUUCUCCUUCCUUGUCCACUCUUUCCUUGUCUCCUCCUUCCUUGUUUACUCAUUCCUUGUCCACUCCCUCUUUCUUUCUCCUUCCUUGUCCACUCUUUCCUUGUCUCCUCCUUCGUUGUUUACUCAUUCCUUGUCCACUCCCUCUUUCUUUCUCCUUCCUUGUCCACUCUUUCCUUGUCUCCUCCUUCCUUGUUUACUCAUUCCUUGUCCACUCCCUCUUUCUUUCUCCUUCCUUGUCCACUCUUUCCUUGUCUCCUCCUUCCUUGUUUACUCAUUCCUUGUCCACUCCCUCUUUCUUUCUCCUUCCUUGUCCACUCUUUCCUUGUCUCCUCCUUCCUUGUUUCCUCAUUCCUUGUCCCCUCUGUCUUUCCUCCUCCUUCCUUCUCCCUUCUUCGUUGUCCUAUCCUUCUUUCCCUGUCCUGUCCUCUGGGCUGUACUUGCGAGCAAACAAUCGUAAACAAUGGCAUCAUCAGUGGUAAACAAUGAUGUCAACAAUAGUAAACCAUGAGGUAAACAAUGAUGUAAACCAUGAGGUAAACAAUGAUGUAAAGAAGGGGAUGUUGUGUCAUUCAGGUGAAACAGGAAGUGCUGCAUCAGGUGAUUUUCCAAAUAAAGUUCUCAUAUUUCA